GACACUGGAGCAGCUAGUGUGGAUCCUUCGGUCGAUCGAUUUUGCUUUGGAAAAUGGCUCAUUCGUGGAGCUUUUUCGUCAUCUGCGCCCUGGCGUUGUUGCUAGCCGCUGUUCUGUGCGUUCACGCGAUGCCCCAGAAAAUGAUGGAGAUCGACGAGGAGGAGAACGAAAUGGAGACACUCAUGGAUUUGGAGGAGAUACUGGAGAUAAUAAGGAAACGCCUGCAACCCCUCAAGGAGUGUAUAAACGAAGCCGUCAAAGCUUGCGAGAACGAGUUGAAGAAAGGCUUUCGCGAAGGUUUCGCCUGUGUGUUCCAACAUAUUGCCGAUGGGAAGGGCAAAUGCGAGCACAAACCGGGUAAUUUUACCUCCGAGUUUUGAGUUGUUUAACUGUUUGUAACUAACUAUUGGUUGUUAAAAUAAAAUUUUGACGUCUUUCGAUUU